GCACGAGUAGUCACAACACCAUUCAAACCAUGUGUGAGUUGGUCCUAACAAAUUUGAAAAAUGAACUGGCACAACACAUCACGAAAAAUGACGACGGUCGUGCCAAGCACAAUACGAAAUGCAAGGGCCCAAAGCAUGUUCAUGUCAUGCCGACCCAAAUACGACCGAGCGUCCAGAUACACAUAAUAAAUACUACUUUUAGAAAUAAUGAGUUAAUUAGCCUCAAAUAUCACAUUUAAGUAGUAAUGUAUCGAAACUACGCAUAAGUGAUCUUUUGAGCAAUUUUGUAUGUGAUUCACAUAAUCACAUGUAUACUCUCCACUACUACAAUAAGACAUAAAUCGGUUGUCACUCAAUAGCUCAACACACAAAUAAAGGCUAGCAUACACGUAGCAUAUAAUAUACGUAUGUGUUCACACUUAUAAGAUGCACUUCAAUAUAUUUUGAUGGAUCAAAAUCGUAGAUUAUUAUUUUUAGAUUAUAUGAAACUUGUGGUAUGUGUUUAGAACUAAGGGUCGAGGUUCACUCAUUAGAGGUUACGGUAUAUAGUAUCAUAUACUAAAUUCAUAUGAAUUCAUGGUCCAAAUAGCAAAAUACGGUGUGCCUACGGUAAGAUUAGAGUACAACACGCCUACACUAGCUUGAACAAUAUAUUCUCAGAGGAUAUAAUACUCCUAUUUGUCAUAGUGAAAUAAUGCUAUCGAGACCAUAAAUUAAUAAUACUAAGAGUUUGAGGUAUAAAACUAUAUCCUAACGUAUAAGAGUAGUGGAUUUCCCGGAUUUCGGAAUGCUCGGCUUCCGAUUCGUUCUGGACGGCUACCGAAUUUCCUCUUUUCAUGGUAAGUCUCCAAUUCACUAGGGGUCGUUUGGAUGAGGAAUUGUAACGGAUCAAUUUGACACAAUUGUCUCGUUUUGAGUGACAACCGAAUUGCCUCGUUUGCCAGCAAAAAAAUUGGAUGGAUCAAUAUGCCUGAGGUAUUUUGAAUUGAUACGUUUUGAGUCAAUUUCAAUUACCUGGGGUGGGGGCAGGUAAUUCGAAUUGACUCGUUUUAAUUGCCUCGUUUAUAAAACGAGACAAUUGAUCAAAUUGACUCAUUUAUAAAUUGAUCCAUCCAAACGACCCCGGAAAUUCGAUCCUUUUAGGGCCAUCGAUGGAGGAGCGGUGAUGCCAACGUCCUUCUCCCCCGUGACGGUCAGCAAAGGUGGAGACUGGAGAGUUACUAAUCUACACAAUAAAUAAAAGCCAAAUGAGAAAACUUGAAGCCCCAUUUCAAAUUUCUUGCAUCCAGAGUUAAAAUAGGAAGGACAUUUUGGUCUUCACAAUUACUUUUUUUUAUUCAUUAAAAAGACACUUACUAGGAUUCGAACCAUGACAACUUUAAAGAAAAGCAAAGAUCAUAACCAAUCACAUUAAGAUUAAGUACAUUUGUUGUAUCUUUUUAAAUUAAAAACAUAUAAUCGCAGAGAGGAAAAAAUUCUUCCCCCAUUUCAAAUUCCUUGCUCCAGGAGCGUUUGUAGGAAGGGCAGAAUAAGGAGUGUCAGUUUUUUUUUUCCUUUCCUCUGUGGAACGGGUCAACUUACCGUACACAUGCGGAUUUAAACGGGUCCAGGAGUGUCAAUUUCUUUCUUUAAGUUCUUUUAUUUCUCUGUGGUGGUAAAAUAUAUAUAUAUAUAUAUAUGAAAAGGCAAAAAACAAUACUCCUUUUUAUUGCUAAAAAGAAGGGGAAAAAUUAACAAUAAACUAAUGCAUGGAUUUUGUUGGGUAUGUGACUCGGAUCCCGCCGCGCCAGAGAAACACUGAGAGCGUCCAAGUAAAGGAGCGCGUUAGCAUUGACGCGACCAGAAAGACACACCGGCAAGCGCCUUCACCAAGAGCGCCACACACAUCAGCACUGACGCGAUCAAAGAGGCCGAACACUGAACGACGACGUCCGAGCGCAGCGCUGACCAAGCUAGCAAGUGUGGAGAACGACGCCGCGUCUCAUCCAUCGAGUGGUCACAUCGCAGUCCUAGUCCUAGUCCUAGGUAUAAUAAAAGGCUAUAUGUACUUGUCCUAGGUAGGGGCAUGGUCUAGUCUUCUGACAUGUCAGUGGUCAUGUCACCAUGUCCCUCACCCACCACCAUGUAGCCUAUAAAUAGAGCAUUUACUCCGGUGGGUGAGGGAAUCGGAUUUUUCUGACUCUAUCUCUAAGAUUAUCAACUUCUCUCUCUAAGAUAUUACCCUCUCAAUUCUAUCCGUAAUUUCCCCAGUUCCUCCAUCGACGGUUAUUCUCCCCUUGCUUACUCUCCUUGACCCAUCUUCCCGAGUCUCACUCUUACACACCAGUUAGGCUCAAACAGAUUCUAAUGGGCUAACCGCUAAUCAUAAAAUAAAAGAGUUGAAUGGGUCUGACCUACACGAGAUUUGCCCAUCAAGUAAAACAAAUGAACAUUAUGGGUUUGCCAUUCUAAAACAAGUUAUUUUCUCUAGCACAAUAUAUAUUAUGCUAUUAUUUUAUAUCUUAGUGGCUAAAAUAUAAUGUGUUUUAAAGUUAUUCAAUGAUUCAACCUCGACCAACCCAAUUAGUCCAAUUUUUAUCAUUUCAAAUAUAUAUUAUGUAAUUAUUUGAUAUUAUAAUGAUUAAAUUAUAGUGUAUAUUAUAGGAAAUCGUUUGGUAUUUGUUAGUAAAAAACUAAACAGAAAGAUCUAUUUGGUUAUUUUUAACAUUGAAACGAUCCUAAACAUUUUCAGUUUCCUUUCGAAAUUCUAUAGUUUUAUUCCCGAAUCAGUGAUGUGCAAAUGGCGAAUUGCAGUCAUCUCUUUUCUUUCAUUAUUUGUUAUUUUCAAAUAGAAAGUUUAAAAGUAAAGAAUAAUUAGAGUUUGGCAUGGGUCGGUCAAACAGGAUGAAUUUCAAGUUUUGUCCCGUUUUGAUCAAGUCUAAUAUAUAAUCACAUGGUUCCCUGAUACCCGAUAAAAAUCUCAAUCCAAACCAGUUUGGCAGGUGAGUCCGUAUUUACCACCAUUUUGCAGGGAUACAGGAACGGUGGUUCCUAUCCCAAAUCGUGUUGUUCAUUCUUGAUUUCUUUUGAUUUUAUCAUGGCUUGGCAAAAAACCAGAAAGCACAAUGAUGACAAGAUGAAAGUUUUAUAAAGCAAAUUAAUCGGCCAACGGGCCGAGUAAAAGCUAGCAACGAUUGUGAGAUGCUCAUUUCCAGAAAAACCGUCGGGAUAGGCGAUUUUUUAUUCGAUUUUCUGGAAUUCGGUUUCUAUAGAACUUACUCCACCUCAUCAUAUUACCAGAAACAAUAUUGUUUCACAAGGUAACAAGUAUUUGGUUUAUAAGGCUGUUUUUUGAUUCGUUGCUUCAUUCAUGUCUCUUUCCUACUAAAAUCCACUAUUUUUAUCACGUGUUUCCAAAAAAAAAAAUACAACAAUAAGUUAUACACCCAUUACAUUAUCAAAUUUCAUACCUCACCUUCCUCCGGCCAAAUGGCCGGGGCCCACACUAGUUAAUGAUAAAGUCCAAGUAUUAAAUAUAAAAAGAAGAAGGAAAUUUUAUUUUAUCAGAGAACAUAUCAUAUAGAUAUACAUUGUAUAGUGAUUUUUUGAAAUCAAAUCUAACAUAUUGUUUAAUAUAAAUGAAUUUCCUAAGUGUUUAAGUAUUCAUUUUGAAAUGGAAUGUUUUUUUUAAAUACAAAUGAAUUCAUUUUCAAAGGUAAAAUUUGAAUAAGCUAAGUAAUGGUAACAUUAUUACUUUUGAACUCCAUGUUAUAUUAGUUGGUGCCAGUGGCGUAGCCAGGAUUUUGGGUAAGGGGGUGCCAAUUUAAAAAAAUUAAAGUGACUAUCAAUUU